CUGUACUCUGUAUUGUCUGUAUUCUAUUUGCAGUAUUUUAAUUUAAUGAUGUUGUAAAUAAUAAUUUAUAUAAAAAAAUAUCAGAUAUGAUAUUUGUUAUCAGUUGCUAUCUUACUUAUCCAGUGUUAAUCCGCUAUAUCGAUAUUUUUAUCGAAAUCAGUCUAUAAAAGCAAGUUUGAAGUGUUGCUUUAAUUUACUCGGUUAGGUUAGUUCACGUCUGUCCACUGGCCGAAGUAUAUUAAAUAAAGGAAAAUGGCUGUGUCUAUACACAAUAAUAUAGUUUACGGGCCGGAGGAACGCCAAAUUCCAGCCCACUUGUCGUACCCACAGUUUUUAUUUGACCAGUUGAAGAAGGGAGGAGAUAAAGUAGCCCUAAUAUGUGGAGAGACAGGGAACUCUGUGUCAUACAAGGAUAUCUUGCAACAAAGCGUGAACCUGGCGGUUUCACUGCAGAAACUUGGUCUGAAGAAGGGGGAGGUGGUUGCCCUGUGCAGUGAGAAUCGGUUUGAGUUCCCGGUGGCUGCCCUCGCUGCCAUGUACUGCGGCGCUGUGCUGAGCACACUUAAUGUCACUUAUUCUCCAGGUGAAAUUACUCACAUUCUAAAAAUUACAAAACCAAAGAUAAUAUUUACUUCACCAAUCACGGCUCACAACAUGCAAGACUGCAGUGAAGGAUCCUCUGUGGAAAAAAUAGUGCUAUUUGGAGAUUAUGAUGUUAUCCCGGGCCUUAUGUUCAAAGACCUAGUCAAAGAGCAAGCUAGUGUGGAGAACUUUGAGUUGGCGGAUGUCAGUGGAAAUGACACUCUGGCUGUUAUGUGUUCGUCUGGAACCACAGGAUUGCCUAAAGGAGUCAUGCUUACACAUAUAAAUUUCCUGACCUUGUCACAGCAUAUGAAAUAUUAUGUGGAUACAUCAACAGAGUCAAACAAUAUUGAAAUAAAGAAUUUCUUAGCUUUAAUACCUUGGUUCCACGCCUAUGGUUUUAUUACAACUUUUGGUGUGUUGUCAUUCCAUCUUGAAAUAGUGUUCCUGACCCGCUUUGAAGAUAAGUUGUUUUUGGAAACUAUACAAAAUUAUAAGGUAAACAUGAUGACGCUAGUGCCGCCACUGGCAGUGUUCCUGGCGAAGCACCCGCUGGUCCUCAAGUACAACUUGAAGUGUGUCAACGAAGUGUGGUGCGGCGCGGCGCCGCUCUCCGCAGAGAUACAAAAUGCUGUGUCACAGAGGUUAGGCAUAAACUUCAUCCGGCAGGGCUACGGUCUGACGGAGGUGACGAUGGCGUGCUGCGUCGACCUCUCCACCAAACGCCGGCUGGGCUCCUGCGGGACUCCGGCCCCCGGCAUGAAGAUUAAGGUCAUAGACAUCGAAACCGGCAAAAGGAAGGGUGUGGGCGAGGAAGGCGAGCUAUGGAUCAAGUCGCCCCUCCGCAUGAAGGGCUACAUGGGCGACCCGGCGGCCAGCGAGGCGCUGCUCGACCAGGAGGGCUACGUGCGCACGGGCGACAUCGGCCACUACGACAACGAGGGCGCCUUCUAUAUCGUCGAUAGGCUUAAGGAGCUCAUCAAGUACAACGGCUUUCAGGUGGCCCCAGCGGAGCUGGAAGCCCUGUUACUGCAGCACCCGGGCGUGGCUGAAGCCGGCGUGGUGGGCGCACCCCAUGAGAGCGCGGGCGAGCUGCCCACCGCUUUCGUUGUGCGCCAGCCCGGCGCCGCCGCGGUCACCGAGCGGGAGCUGCAGGACCACGUGGCCAGCAAGGAUGCGCAGAUCUUGGGCAUCAAUGGUGCAUGUAGAGGAAUCGAGUUGACUAAUACCACUAUCAACAGAGACAUAGUCACAUUCACAAUGCGAGACACCAAAACUAAGACUGCCAAAUCAUUUGUGAUUCGGGAUGAAAUUAUGAAUAUUUUUAAAAACAACCGAAACAAUAUUAUAUUGGCAACUAACACUAUCAUAACAGCCAAGUCUCAUGAAGGUGUACACCACUUCUCGUCAGCAUCACACCAGCAACAUCAACCACUUUACACAGAUCCACAGCCAGGCUCCCGUGACCCUCCAGUUUACAUUGAGCAUUGUAGUCCUGAUAAAAUCAAAAUUGAUUCCCAGACAAAAUCUUCUAGCACACGUUCACUGCCAUUUGCUCAUUAUCUUUAUUAUAUUACCAUUAUAUUAUCAUUAUCAACUACCACUGUACACUGCAGCCAGAUUGGAGAUUGGCAACAGUCUGCACUUGGUGGAUCAAAUUCCCAGCCUCUAUUGCCUUCUCAGCGGGAAGGAAGGGCAAGUGAACAAUCAACCAGUGACACUGCAUCCUCACAGCCAGAGUCCAUUUCAAAUAUACAGCAAACUAAUAUUCGUGGAGCUGGUGGAUUAAGAACAGUUACAAUAUCCAAUAGCCCUAAUAUGACAAAUGUUAAUUUUCCCAAUGGACCUGAUAGAACAGUUACAAUAUCCAAUAGCCCUAAUAUGUCAAAUGUUAAGCUUCAAUACAAUGAUGAACCUGGUGGAACAAUAACAGUUACAAUAACCAAUUGCCCCAAUAUGUCAAACGUUAGAUUUAUUGUUAAUGCUGGAGCUGGUUCAGCAAUAACAGCUACACUAACCAAUUGCGCUGAUAUGUCAGACGUUGCAUUUGUUUUCAAUACACCUGGUGGAAUAACAACAGCUACAAUAAGCAAUUGCCCUGAUAUGUCAAAUGUACAAUUUAUUUUCAAUGGUGGACCUGGUGGAACAAUAACAGUUACAAUAUCUAAUCGCCCUAAUAUGUCAAACGGUAUUUACUAUUAUGUCAACGGUAUUUACACCUAAAUUUGUGACAAACAUGUAAAUUUUA